UUAAAUAAUUUUAUUUAAAAGUAAUUUAAAAAAAUAUGAAGGAAAAAAAUGUGGUGCGACUAGAACCACCAAUAUAGUCUCGUAUAGGAAAAAGGAAAAAGGUAAUUCUAUAGGUUUUGGACUUUUGGGACUCUAGUGGCCUCAACCUUUAUUUUAUCCUCAAAAAUAGUCUAAGGGUAUACUAAACCAUCCUCGCUCGAGCUUUUGAGAAAGUGCAGGGCAAGGCCAUGGCGAUUGCUAUUUCCAACCUAACUUGCAUUUCUUCAUCAAUUUCACCUCUACUUGAAAGGGCGAGAAUAGGAACUAAUUCAUGGCGUCUCAAUACCAAUUUAAGCUUACGGGUUGUUUCCCGGUUACAAAGCGAGAGUGGUGGUCGCCGUGUUUGGCGCCGGAGAAAAUUGACAAAGAAGGAUGAGAUGUUGCAGUACAAGCUGGAGCGGAUUCCUUUCCUGGAGGAGCAGGUUAGGAAGAUAAGGGAAGGAGGAAAGCUGUUGUCGGUGGACAUAGAGAGACUGUUGCAAUCAGAGGACAACCGGUUUGAUUUUGUAAAUGAUGUAGCAGCUGAGGCCAUAGAAUACGUCGAAAGUAACCGGGAUGAAUAUGGGUUUGAAAAAAAAGCUAUACUUCAUGUACUUAGUAACCGUAUCAAUGAUCUUGGGUUCUACCGGCCAGAUGCAUAUUUUGAACCUGACCCUUUCAAGCCUGGACCUACUUAUUUGAAGGAAGAACCGACAUAAAAGUUUUCAAAGAUUAAAGGCUGAAUGCUACGCUAUUAUCCAUUGUAUUCUAGAUUUUCUUCCUUUUGGCAAAUUCAUUCCCUCGGAUUUAAUGCAUUGGUGUAUUUCUUUGAAACCAAUUCAUGGUUACAGCUAUAAUCAUGCUAAGGUUAUAUAUCCCCUUAAUAUAAAUGGCUUGACUGCAAUAAUUCAUUAAUUAUUUACAUAUAAACAUAUUCCUUAAAUAUCAAUGUAUUCACUCGUGUAUAUCUUAUUGC